CAGCAGUGAGGGGCGCCUUUUCGCUACGCUGGCGCUCUGGGAAUACAAACUGCAGAAAAAACAACCAGUUUUAAACUAACAACUCUCUCUUUUUUAAAAUCUUCUUCAUUGAGACUUGACUGCUUCGUCACUGCGACACUAUCACCGCAGAAAGACUGCGACGUAUGUUUUUCACGGUGGAAGUACCAAAGAAACAAUGAGAUUCACAGGCCGCUGCAGCUGAAGCCUGCUCCAGCCUGGUGUACUAACCUGCUCGGUGGAUUGCUGCACUCAGCAGACUGUUGGAUAGCUGCAAGCCUUGAGGAAAGUUAAUGAGAAGAUUCGAUCAGCUGGCACCCCUUCUCCCCUGCGCCUUCCUCCACUACAUCCCUUUCUCCCAGCUACUAUCUUCCUCCAGUGUCAGCGUUACUCGUGUAUGUAGCUGGAAAGUGGAAGUUUUUUGAAGACUGAACGCUCAUAGAGGGAGAACCUCAAAGGGGGCUUUUAACCCCUAACAGCCCACCAACCAGUCCAUCUUCAAAACCCUGCUCCCUUUACAUCCCUGCUGAGGUUGCUUCCCGGGGAAAAAAAAGGAGGAAUACAGAUUGGUGUGCAGUUGGAUGUGACGAAACUGUGCGUUGGGUGAGUCUGCGGUGGACCAUGUGUUUCUGGUGAGGUCUCAUCUUCUACCAAAAUGAGGCUGAUGCCUGGAUCGCCUCCACCCAUCCUGCCAGCCAUCCUGGCUUUCACCUUAGUCGCCUUCUUACCUCAGCUGUCCUCCGGAGCCACGCCGUUCCCCCAAGACCUGCAACCAAUCAACAUCGUGGGCAGAGAAUCUUCGUACCUCUACCCCAGCUUCCAGGGUCUCAUGUCAGACAAUGAUACUGUCCGCCUGGGGCUGGACUUCCAGAGGAUGCUGAGGAUCAACCACAUGCUCUACGUCGCUGCCAGGGACCAUGUGUUUGCAAUCAAUCUCGCCGCUUCAUCUGAGCAGCUAAUCCCACAGCAGAAACUGACUUGGAAGACGAAGGAUGUGGAGAAGUGCACUGUGAGAGGAAAAAACAGCGAUGAAUGUUACAACUACAUCAAAGUGCUGGUGCCACGCAAUGACGAGACUUUGUUCGCCUGCGGCACCAACGCCUUCAACCCCACCUGCCGCAACUAUAAGAUGUCAACACUUGAGCAGGAAGGGGAGGAGGUAGUGGGACAGGCUCGAUGUCCCUUUGAGUCCCGUCAGUCCAAUGUCGGCCUUUUUGCAGGUGGUGAUUUCUACUCUGCCACCAUGACUGACUUCUUGGCCAGCGAUGCAGUGAUUUACAGAAGUCUUGGAGAAAGUAGUCCUGUUCUACGUACGGUCAAGUAUGACUCCAAAUGGCUCAGAGAACCCCAUUUCCUCCAUGCUAUUGAGUACGGGAACUAUGUGUACUUUUUCUUCAGUGAGAUCGCAGUGGAGUACACCACUCUCGGCAAGGUGGUUUUCUCCAGAGUCGCACGUGUUUGUAAGAAUGACAACGGGGGCUCCCCGAGGGUGCUGGAGCGGUACUGGACAUCGUUCCUCAAAGCCCGGCUGAACUGCUCUGUGCCUGGAGAUUCCUUCUUUUACUUUGAUGUUCUGCAGUCUCUGACCAACGUGCUGCAGAUCAACCACCGGCCAGCUGUGCUUGGAGUCUUCACCACGCAGGCAAACAGCAUCACUGGCUCAGCAGUCUGUGCUUUCUACAUGGACGACAUAGAGAAAGCAUUCAAUGGUAAAUUCAAAGAGCAGAGGAACAGCGAGUCAGCAUGGACACCUGUUCCAGAGGAGCAAGUCCCAAAACCAAGGCCAGGCAGCUGCGCCGGCGAAGGCUCUGCAGCCGCCUACAAGUCAUCCACCACCUUCCCAGACGAGACUCUUACUUUCAUCAAGUCAUAUCCACUUAUGGACGAGUCUGUCCCCUCAGUCAAUGACAAACCCUAUUUCACCCGCACCACCAGCAGGUUCAAAUUGACCCAGAUAGCAGUGGAUACAUCAGCGGGGCCUUACAAAAACUACACUGUGGUUUUCUUAGGCUCAGAUAAUGGCCAUGUGCUGAAGAUCCUGGCCAGCACGGAGGGAGCCAACGCAUCUUUCAGCACCCAUGUCCUAGAGGACAUCGACGUCUACAACCCAAACAAAUGCAAUGUGCAAGGGGAGGACAAGAGGGUGCUGGGUCUUGAGUUGGACCGGGAUCAUCAUGCGUUGUUUGUGGCGUUCUCCAGCUGUGUGAUCCGCGUACCGCUCAGCCGCUGCUCUGAGUACAGCGUCUGCAAGAAGAGCUGUUUGUCUUCGCGGGACCCUUACUGCAUUUGGCUCAAGUCAGGCAGCUGUGUCACAGUCUCACCAGGAUUCAAAGGCGGGUUUGAGCAAGACGUGGAGAACGGCUACCAUCAGUAUCCUGACACCUGUCACGACAUCUUGGCAACCACUCGCAGGCAAAACACAGCGCUAGACUCAGCGUAUGGGAAGACCACACCCACAAGCGCCAGCACAACCUAUCAUGGGGCGGCAUUCCCAAAGGAGGCAGGUGACUCUGAAAGAGGUACAGGUCCUGAUCGCCCUCCCCCUGUGGGUGAACAGGGGUCACCUGACUCAGAGCCAAUCAGUGUGGAGAUGGAGGGUGUGAGACGACCUCCAGAGCUGGAGAGGACCAACCACAGUGUCCAUUACACCCUUCUGAUAGCUUGUGUUUUGGUGGCCUUUGUUCUCGGAGCCUUCCUCUCUGGCUUCCUGGUCUCAUGCUACUGUAACCACACAGGCCAUAAGACCAAGAAGUUGUCAAAGGAUCCCGAAGCUCCGAUUCCACACGCCCUGUCGCUCCGCAGCCUGGCCAAGCUUAAUGGCCUCCUAGACAGCCAGAGUAAGGAAGAGAAGCUGGAGGUGUCGUCCCCAAAGAUCUACAAUUCUUUUUUCUCCAACAGCAAGGAGCAUCACCCACCGAGGAGAAAUGGCCAUCAUGGAAUGACGAUGGGAGACCUGGUUCACCCUCAUCCUCAUCACCUCCACCACUCCUCAGAGCUGUCUGGUCUGCCCACACCAGACUCGACCCCAGAACUGCCUAUUAAGAGCAUGAAAGCUUUUAAGAACCAAUGGGAAAAGAACCAGAACUGCAAUAAUGCCAAGGAGCCAAAGUCUCAUAACAUUAGCUCCAGGCCCGGUUCUGCUCUGCUUCACCAGCAGGUCUUCCCCUACUCCCACAGCAUGUCCAAUGGGCAGCCCAUAGUUGGUCACCUGCAUCCAGAAGAACGCAAAAUCCACAAUGUUGAUCGAAUGAUUUCACAUCCGUAUCCUGGUUACUCUCAGAAGGUGAUGGAGGUAACCUCACUGGAUGAGCUCCUGAAGCACAUCCAUGAAGCAAGCAGCAGCAAGAACUCCCAGUUAAUGAGCCCAUCAGGUCUCAUGGCCAGUGGCGGUGGAGGCCAGCUAGCCUUUGCCAACCGCAUUCAACCUCAAAUACCUGAGACAGAAUCAGCCCCCUACUACAGUUCAUCCACUUUACCUCGGGACAGUCUUACUCGCCGCAUGGAUGUUCCUCCUGACAUCCCCUCACACCAUCAGUCCACCCUGGAGAGGAGGCACUCCUCCCAACGUCACUCACUAAUUGCUGCAGCCACCAAAAUGUCUGGUGGAGGCGCGGUAGGAGGGGGAGGAGGAAUGAUCCCCCGCCAGCACAGCUUCAGCCAACGAAACGGCGGGCCCCACCAGCAGCCUCCCCUUUUGGCACGGAUGAACUCGACGGGCAGCGCCUGCGAGGUUCACUACCCUCUCAUCCCCAGUGGGUACCUGACACGCCAGCACAGCUAUAACGGAGAGCAGGAGAUCCAGCACAGGGGUGCUAUCGUGCGGCGGACGUCUUCUAUUAAACCCGAUGUCCCUCCCAAGCCCUUGUUCAUACCUGCCACGUCCCCAGUCAACGAACAGGGAAAGUUCAACUACUGAGGAAGAACACUCCUGGACUAGAGGACGCCACCCUCAUCAUGUCAUCUUUAAGAAACUUCUCUUUGAAGAAAUGCUGUGGGUUUGAGGUUGCAUACCUUCACCCAAAAACACAACAAAUUUAUUGUGGCAGCCAGUUUCACUGUGGACAAAAGCCUCAACCAAACUUAUUUCCACUUUUUUUUCCCCCUCGAUUUUUUUCACCCCCUCCCCACGAUUAUCUUUGUACCAUAUUGGUAUUGUUCAGCUAUUUGCUUAUUAUUGAACCACUGACUAAGGUGACGUGUUGCCACCUUGUUAUAUUAGGCUGCCAAUGUCCCCAGUGUGGAUUUACAAAGCAACUCACUUGUUGGACAUGAUGAUGAUGGACAACCUUGACACAUCAGUCAUGUUAAAGACUUAAAAGCCGAAGGCUCCUGCAAUGCUUCAGUUCAUGCUUUUUGCUUAACCUUUUCUGAUGUAGUGUUUGUAUCCAAUCCCCACCCACCCCACCCUAGAAUGUGUUUAUAUUAUGCAUGUGUGUGUAUAUAUAUGUGUGUUUAUAUCCACACCGUAUAUGUAUACAUAUACAUAUGCAGUAUGUGUAACCUGUGGUGAAAAGUCAGCAAAUUCCCUUGAAAGUAGAUAUGUCUUUGCCUUACUAUACUCUUUCAUCUUUGGGCAUACCAAACGAUCCCCUACUCCCUAAGAAAUACCUUUGGGACACCAAAUCAUGCACUUCAUCAACACGAUUUGUCAUUUGGGCUGAAGAUUUUGUUCAUGUUGAUCGAACAAAGGAAAUACUUCUAUAAAGCAGCUACACACUCCUUUCUCCGUUGUUUUUUUUCCUCACCGAUGUCAAGUCAGAAAGGACGAGUUUGGGUCCGUUUAAGUUCCUCAAGAAUGUUUCUUUGAGAUUGGUGCUUCACUUUCUCUUAAAUGGAAAGAAACAUUUUGGACCCAAAGAGGACACGACAAAUAUCCUAUCUGGCGUUAUGAGAACAUACAUGAAACAGAACAGACUGCAGUUAUUAUAAUUAUUAACUUUGUGGCUAUUGGUUGUAAAUAAAAGAAUAAUUACUAGCCAAAUUUUUACUGUAUGUGUAAAUGUGUGCCUUAUUUAAAAUAAUGUGUGGCUUGGGGAUAGGGGUUAAUGCAAGGGGCUGAGAUGGCUACUAUGCUACAGUAUAUUGUAGGUAUUUGACUGUUUUCCCCCCAAUGGUCGUCAAUAUCUGUCAUCCAGCAUAUAUUCUAAAUUUGAAGUGUUUCAUUCCAAAAAAAUGAGCUUAGACCUUUCAUUCAUUGUGAUAAGCCAAUGACUGAGAACAUAAUAAAUGAUCUAUUUGGAUUUAUUCUAAAUAUGUUUUUUUUUUAUUCAUAUUUGAUAAAUUCUAACGUUUCAUUUAGAGAACUAUAAAACCUCAAAAACAUGUUCCAGACUGAUGCAGUCUUUCGGAAUGAAACCCUUCGUUUCUUCUUUUUUUUUUUCCUGCUUUUCGUCCAAAAGUGUGAGCCUGCAGAUUGUUUUGGGGGGCGGGUAGUGCUGGCCAAAGCUAGUUCAUAGCCUGAGACUGCAGACAUUUAGGUUUGACUGUCUCUGUAUUCUGUUAACUUUCCACUUGGUGUCACUUUCCCUUUUAGUGCCAUUGUUUGUGUUUUUUUUUUUUUUUUGGGGGGGGGGUGUUUUUUGGUUUCAAAAGGAAAACUCACAGUUCAUCUUCAUCAUUAACCUCCAUAGUCACAUUUACCUGUUGGAGAAAGCAAAGAAGAGAUGCUUAAUUCUAAAUGUGAAGGUUAGUUACCUGAGAGAUAAUUGUGUUGCACUAUCUUUGAAAAUGGAUGCACAUCGCUGGACUUCUACACAGGCUACAUCUGUAGAUUGUGGUCUGUCCGUGUCAGCGUUCAAAACAUGGAGAAGAAACAUGAGAAUUGCAAUGAACUGUCAUCCGACAGGUUGAGACUGUGUCUUGGAUCGAUUCUUGGGAAGUGAUGGUGAAAUCUGUUCACAAAUGGCUUCGCUUGCCAUCAUGUUCUGAGGAUUUCCCUCUGGGAUGUUGAUGCCAGUCUGCCCUGCCUCAGAAAUAGCACUCCCUCAAAACUCACCACUGUUGCACUUUUUUUUUUUUUUUUUUUUUAGGAGAGUUACUGGUUGACCAGAACCGUGAUCAAUUCUGUGAAGACAGCACUGCGCUAUUUACUGUAUCUGAAAAUGGUGUUCAUCAGUCAAAAUUUCCCAGAGCUCAUUUGGCUCUGUGUAAAGUUUACUAUUCAUGUCUCUUGAUUCAGUAAGUAAAGGUAAAUAUGGUCACUCACAACAUUUCCAAAAGUUGAUGUGGUUAUUAACAGAUGUCAGAGCAUUAAAUAGACUAUAAGACAACAAAGCAAAAUGUUUAACUCAAUUCAAAGUUUGGGAGUCAAUAUUUUUAAGAGGAAUUGUGGCAGCUACAGCAUGGUAGUGUUCCUUUUUAUUUUUAUUUUUUUACCUGCUGGUUACAGAUUGUAUGACAAAGGGGGAUGGUCUUGCCUCUAAAAGCUCUGUCAGUAUUUGAUUUGGUGUAAAUACAUUCUCUCUGGGCGGGGGUCUCAUUGAUUCAGUAUUAUGUUUUUCUCUGUUUGAUUUCCAGGCUAAGCCUCUUGACUUACUAUGAAUUUGAUCUCACAGAAUACCAUUGUAUGUCUCUUGUACUAGGAACAAAUAAAAAUGGAAACGAUGAUG